AUGUCAGGAUUAUUCUCUACAAGACACUCCAAGUAUGUCUUUGCUGGGAUUUUCGUAUUUGGACUGUUCUUAUUUUUGCUGGCGAACCCUUCUUCUGGAAAUCCAGGUCUCCCAAAGAUGAAAACACCCAGCACUGGAUCAGGAGGACGUGUUAUCCAUGGAUUGGAAGACGAGGGUGAGAACAUUUACCCCGGCAAAACUACUCCUGUUGUUACACCAAAAACACCUAACGUUGACGGUGAAGUGAUCUCAAAGAACCCUGGAUCUGAAGACUCAAUUGGUGUCUCAGGAUCAACCUCAUCGGUGCAGAACGGUUCAUCAUCUGAUUGUGGCACAGAAUACGUGGUGAUGAUCGACGCGGGUUCCAGUGGUUCAAGAGUUCACGUAUAUUCCUUUGAUACCUGUUUUUCGCCUCCUAAACUAUUGGGUGAAACAUUUGAGAUGUUAAAGCCAGGAUUGUCUUCUUUCGAUACCGAUACUGUUGGGGCUGCAAAGUCUUUGGAUCCACUGCUUAAAGUUGCUGUAGAUGCUGUACCCAAAGAAAAACAAGCUUGCACCCCAGUUUCCGUUAAAGCUACCGCUGGUUUGCGUUUAUUAGGACCAGAGAAGUCCGAUAAUAUUUUGAAAAAGGUACGAAGCUACCUGGAAGAACAAUACCCGUUCUCUGUUGUUGAAGGUGAUGGUGUAGCCAUCAUGGAAGGAAGUGAUGAAGGUGUCUAUGCUUGGAUUACAACAAACUACCUGCUGGGAAAUAUUGGAUCUGCUGAGUUAAUUCCCACGGUUGCCGUUUUUGAUCUUGGCGGUGGUUCCACGCAAAUCGUUUUUGAGCCCAAAGAAGGAGAGAAAAUGCUCCCUGGCGAACACAAGUACGAGAUUGAAUUCGGGGGACGACAUUUCACCCUAUAUCAGUAUUCUCAUCUAGGAUACGGCUUGAUGCAGGGCCGUGAAAAGAUCAAUGCUUUGGUAAUAGAAACUGCCCUCAAGAAUGGUAACACGAAGCUAGAAAAGUUGGACAGUAAAGGCAAAGAACCAGCCACAAAACAAACAUUAGUCCAUCCAUGUCUUCCACCGGCUGUUACCGCUUCAGAUGUGAAGGUGAAGUUAGAAAAUGGAGAUAGUUAUAUUGUUGAUUUCGUGUCCCCUCUGAGGGAUGAUCAAUCUAGUGAACUAGCUAGCACCUCAGCUACUCAAUGUCGCUACUUGGCAGAAACAGUGCUCAACAAAGAUUUGGAGUGUAAAACAAAAUCUUGCUCAUUCAAUGGAAUUUACCAGCCAUCUCUAACUCACCAGUUUGAAACAACAAGAGACAUGUACAUCUUUUCAUUUUUUUAUGACAGAUUACAACCGUUAGGCUUCCCCUCCAGUUUUACGUUGGAUGAAGUCAAGGAUAUAACAAAGUUGGUGUGUUCAGGAUCUUCCUUCUGGAAUCAGUUCCUAUUUCAGCCAGAAAGUGUUCACGAGCUAGAAAACGAACCUCUUUGGUGCCUUGACCUGUCUUUCAUGGUAGCGUUAUUACAUACUGGCUACGAGAUUCCUCUAUCAAGGGAAUUGCAUACAGCCAAGAAGAUCAAGGAUAAUGAGUUGGGCUGGUGUUUGGGCGCAUCCUUACCUUUAUUGGACAACAAUGCCAAUUGGAAGUGUCGAGUCGCAUAG